CCCUCUCCAUCGAUCGUGAUAUAUGUGUAACGGGAUUGAUUGAACGAACGAUAACCGUUUUCUUUCUUUAUUUUUUUUGUUUCUCUUCGCGCUUUUCUCUUCCGUUCUUCGCCCCUUAUCCUACAAGGAGAUUUUUCGGCAAAAACUUUGACCAGCUGUCGAUGUUUUGGGGUUUGAUUGGGAUUAGCACGAGGUUUCCCCGCUUUUCAUACGAUACAUACUCAGCGAGUGAGCGAGUGCUAUAUCUUCCUCUCUGUUCUUCAGAAAGAGAUGAAAGAAAAGAAAAUAAGAAAAUAAGAAAAUAUCCCUGCCCCGAAGAGUUGUGAUCAACAGCAUUGGGGAAGAGUUUUGGAUAUAUUGAAGCAUCUAUGUCCAUCCACUUGGCACUCUGACUCUUGGAAGAAGUUAUGGAAAAUGCAAAGAAAGUUCAAAUUCAGUCUGUUCUUCAGUUCCCGUCUCAGUUUGGUGGCGGCCGGCAAGCCUCUAUCUUACGUACAAGACCGCCGUGUUUCUCCAUCACAUCGGACGUCUUCCCGAUAGGUCCAGGCUGUCUACGUAAAGUGAAAAUCGUGUGGGACGGCAGCGAGAAUGCCGAUGAAGAUGUCCUGAAAGCUACUCUUGACAAAUGUGGGGCCGAUAUUCAAGUCAAAAUCCUUUUUGCUAAUCGUGAUAUUUCUUGCUCCAGGUCAGAUUUGCGGCCUAACAGCACUUAUUUACUAACUGUUCACAUUCCAUUUUACCUCCGGUUUCUACCAAUAUAUGGCAAACAAUGCCCAAUUCUUGGUUAGAGGUGCCAGGCACCGUCGAGUGCAUGCGAAACAUCCGCUGAUUUUGGAACCGCACGACCACAUCUGAUACAUAUAUUUGUGCAUGAACCUUUUGUGUCCUCCAUAUUUCGGAUUUCACUCUGCCGCGCAUUUGCGUGUGGUGUCUGGUAAUGGUUUGGCGGAGAUGCUGCACUCCGGCAUCUUUUAGCUUAGCUGGAGGGAUAUAAAUUUAACGAACCCCCCCUUGUAAAGGAAUUAAAGGGCUAUCACCAGUGGGGAUUCUUAGUUAAUAAUACCUCUUAUCAAUUCCCUGCAGUGAGGCCCGGUGAAGCUUGCUUCAUGGUUUUUUAUCAGCUUCUUUUGUUUCUUGUCCUAUGGACUUGUUACGGCAGCGCUGCUUCUGUUACCAAGCAGCGUGGACCAGUUUUUAAGCCCAGUUCCAAUGGCCAUAGCUCAAAUAAUAUCAUUGAGUGCUCCUAUCCAGACAUGCACGGAUGGGUCCAUGAUAAAUUCGACAAACGGAAUUGGCUCAAAUGGGUUGGUAAGGGCCCGGCGCCUGAACCUCGCGAGUAUGGCGUUGCUACCGAUUAUGAAAAGUACACACCCAAGGGCAUCACUCGAAAAUAUUACCUAGAAAUCAUCAACGGUACCGUUAAUUUUGACGGAGUGCCAUUCACCAAGGCAAAACUUUUCAAUGGCACAUACCCUGGCCCUUGGAUUCAGGCCUGCUGGGGUGAUGACCUUGAAAUCACCAUCACGAACAAGCUUGAGUAUAACGGAACUGCAAUCCACUGGCAUGGCCUCCGAAUGCUUAAUGCCAACUUGUACGACGGCGUUCCAGGAGCCACACAGUGUCCAAUUGCUCCAGGCGAUUCCUUUACGUACAAGUUUAAAGCAACUCAAUAUGGAACGACUUGGUAUCACAGCCACUACUCCUUGCAAUAUUCCGAUGGUUUGGCUGGGCCUUUAACAAUCCACGGUCCAUCGAGCGCCGAUUACAACUUCUCCCUUGAUCCGCUGUUGAUGACCGAUCACCUUCACAACAGCGCUUUCGAGGAGUACUAUCAAGAACAGGCUGGCAGACCUCCGAGGAUGAGCAGCAUAUUGUUGAAUGGAAAAGGGAGCUACACUGGUCUCGGUGACAAGGCUCCGAAGAGAAAGUAUAGCACCGUUGUAAAAAAGGGGAAAAAGUACCUUCUGCGCCUGAUCAAUGCUUCAACGGAUUCCACUUUCAUCUUUUCAGUUGAUAACCACAAUUUGACGGUUAUCGGAGCGGAUUUCGUUCCAAUAACUCCGUACGACACUGACCACAUUGCGGUUGGAAUAGGCCAACGAUAUCACGUUAUCUUAAAUACACUCCCAAAAGCUAGAUCCGGCGACGCGCAUUGGAUGCGCGUUAUCCCAACCGAACGAUGCGGUCGUUUUGAGUCCGAGCAUCCUCCGGAUGAGAGACUAGGGGUGCUGUACUAUGACCGAAAGACCAGAAAAUUCCCAACGACCAUGCGAGAGCAAUUCUCCCUCAAGUGUCGCGAUGAACCCUUCGAGCGGCUGAAGCCUAUCCUCUCAUGGCAGGUUCCAGAUCCACUACUCUACCCUGGUAUAUUCACGAACACCACUCGUAGUGAUGUCGAACUCGGAAAAUGGCGUAUGCCAGGGCGCCCACCAAGUUCCGGCGAAGUUACCUACUGGACCAUUGGCCCUUCUCCCAUGUGGGUGAACUACUCAAACCCCCUAGUCAAGAACCUGGACAAGGCUAGGUUCGACGACACCUUGGUUGUGUAUCCAUCAGAGGACCACACGAGAAACGGCUGGGUGUAUCUUUUGAUCACCGACACGUUCAGCCGGCCCAAUAAAACUGCUGUAGCUCACCCGUUGCAUCUUCACGGUCACGAUUACGUCUUGCUCCAGCAGUCGACGAAGCCAUUUAGUCCCGAGAAAUUGAAUUUGACGCUCGACAAUCCACCUCGACGAGACGUAGUCCUGCUAUCAGCACGUGGAUUCCUCGUAAUUGCAUUUAAGGCCGACAACCCAGGAUCGUGGGUCUUGCAUUGCCACAUCGCAUGGCACUCAUCCGCAGGCCUGGCACUGCAAAUCCUUGAGCGCCGUGAUGAUUUCAAGGCAUCUUUGAUGAACAAACAAGAUGAAGUUGCAGAGGUGAAGAGAGUCUGCAAAAAUUGGGACACUUGGUUCAGUAACCCCAAGAACCACUGGGAGCCUGAUGGGUUCUUCCAGGAUGAUUCAGGUAUCUAAAGAGGGGGCAAGACCGUAUGGGGUUUCAAGCUAAGACCCUCGUUGCCGAAUACACCCUUUUUUUUUCUGUUUCCUUUUUCCUUUUUCCUUUGCUCCUGUUUCAAGCCCUUGAUUUGCCGACAUUAUGAAAAAGAAAUUCUUGUGGGGUUGCGCUCAUUUUCAUGGCAAGAGAGUUAUUGUGUUGGGAGGUGCAUCACGGUGUUUGAAUUUGGAUAAUAAUGACGAGAUAUCUAAUAAUAGG